CACGCCUUUCUAGGUCUUUCCACAGGGUGAUCAAUGGUUGUGUCUAACUAUUGAAGCAAAUCGAAACUUCUUUGAGUUCAGCUCUAAAACAAAAUUGAAAUAAAGACUCUAUUUUUGUCUUUCCCCAGCCCGACCCCCUUGCUUUUUGGCUUGUUCAUAUUCCAGCGCCGGGUCAAUGUUUUGCUAUUGCGAUCUGGACAAACUCAAGACAAAACAAAGCGUCUGUGAACAUACUAUGUUACAUCCAGCACGUGUGACAAUCACGGCCAAACUAACCUGAAGGUGAAAAGUUUCUUGGGAAAUGUCGGAUAGCCUGUGAACAACCGCCUCCCGUACCCUCUCCUGUUGGUAUACCGUCGAAGGGCAAACCGCUGACAAAGUCCGUAGGCUGCAUUCAACAUUCGAUCUUGGGGAGGUGGUUUCGAGUUUGUACUGGACAUUUAGUUAGUAUUUAUUCGUGCUUCCAAAAUGAGGGACCGAUUAGAGGCUUUGAAAACUGCUGGAAAUGUUGAUGACGAUGAUCCACAGGAUUACGAUGAACCUUCGACUACUAUUACCGUGGAAAAUACCUUUAUGGAUAAUUUCUUCCAACACGUCGCCACAAUACGAGGUAACAUCGAUAAAAUAGCCCAAGAUGUUGAGCAAGUCAAGAAAAUGCACAGUGCAAUGCUGUCUGCUGCAGUCCAAGAGCAAGAAGUCAAAGAUGAACUUGAGAGAGUGAUGUACGAUGUAAAGAGGACAGCUAAUACUGUGAGAACAAACCUGAAAGAAAUGGAACAGAUGAUAAAUCAGCAAGACCAGGAAUCAUCUUAUAACAACUAUGCAGAAGCAAGGAUUAGAAGAUGUCAGCACUCCACUCUAGCAAGAAGAUUUGUAGAAGUGAUGAGUGACUACAACACAACACAAUCAGAUUACAGGGAGAAGUGUAAAGCAAGGAUUCAACGGCAACUGGAAAUAACUGGUAAAACUAAGACAUAUGAGGAGGUAGAGGAAAUGUUGGAAGGAGGAGAUCCUGCGAUUUUUACUUCUGAUAUUGUAAUAGAGACUCAACAAGCUCGACAGGCCCUGGGAGACAUAGAGGCUAGACACAGAGAUAUUAUCAACUUAGAGAAAAGUAUUCAGGAACUUCAUGAAAUGUUUCUAGAUAUGGCUAUGCUGGUAGAAAGCCAGGGAGAGAUGAUUGACAGAAUUGAGUUCAAUGUUGAACAAGCUGUUGAUUUUGUACAAUCGGCCAAAAGCGAUACCAAAAAAGCUGUCAAGUACCAAAGUAAAGCAAGGCGGAAAAAAAUCCUUAUCAUUAUCUGCGUGCUUGUUUUAUUGGCCAUACUUGUCGCUAUACUUGCUGCGGUCUUACAAUGAUAGAAUUUGUUUUGACACACUUUUGUAAUUAUUAAAUAAUAAUUUGUUUUUAUGAAUACAUUAUCUUCAUGAUACUAGCAAAUAAUGAACUAAGAUACCCAGAGUUUCACAAAACAAUAAAUCGAAAAACAAAGCAACAAAGUGCAUUCUUAUACUGGACUGUAAAUAAUUCCAUUCAGAAAUAAUAGUUGACCAAGAGUGGUUAGCACUUUGUUUAUUGUUGAUUGGGUAAAUUCUCCACCACUUCUAGGGUUAACACGCCAGUGUUGGUUUCUUCAAAUCAUAAUAAUAUUAAACUUGUUCAUUAGUAAAUUAGCGUCAUCUUUGAAUUUUGUUUCACAUUUUGUUGAUGAUGAUUUUUUUUUUCAUAUGUACUGUUGCAUGUAUCGUUUUUUUGCCAUCAUGUAUUUUGUAAUUAACAAUCCUUGAACUAAAUUACUGAGCAGCAUGAAACAAAAAGAAAGGCGGUCUGUUGAUAAAACUAUGUUUAAACCAAGUUUUGAAUUAGUUCAAGUUUUGACUUAAGUGCAGAAUAACAAUUAUCUAACUAUAUCAUCAAGUAUGACACAACAGCAGUGUUAAAAGGUAUUAACAUUAUUUUCAUCACAGAGUAGUUAGGUUUAAAUAAUUGGACUGGUUUAAUUAACCCUAGGUGGUGGUGAAUUUUCCAGGGCCAGAAGCAACUUCUUGUUAUUAAUAACUUUACAAUGUUUUAGUAAGUGCUUUCACU